AUAUACCCCUCCAACCUCCCACACCCCCUUCGAUCUUCUCAUACUCCAUCCAUCACCACCACCACCAUCCCGCUAGGCUCGAUCAAGCUCGCGCCAACCACCACUCGCUCGUCUCGCCGUCAGAUUUCCACUCCCUCUUUGCCGCCAGCUGGUCUCAUACCGCCGAUCGUCUGGCGAGUAGCAUAUCGGAGCAGAAUUAAGUUCGAGCAGCGAUCGCGAUGCCUCCCAACGGGCAGAGCGUGCAUGGCGGGGGCGGCCUAGUCUCACCCGCUACGGCCGCGCCGGCGCCGCCGUCCAAGAUGGAUUGCUUCUUGACGUCCGUCUGCACGCCGCUGAAUCUCCAGUUCAUCGACGUGGCGUACCGCGUCAAGGUGGAGAGGACGGCGAAGGAGCCGCCGGGAAGGAUAUCGCACUCCGGUGGUGGUGGUGGUGGCGGUGCCGCCGGCGGCCUGUCGGCCUCUGUUGAGGAGAGGACGAUACUCAAGGGGAUCACCGGCGAGGCGCGACCCGGCGAGGUUCUGGCCGUGCUAGGCCCGUCCGGCAGCGGGAAGUCGACGCUCCUGUCCAUCCUGGGUGGCCGCCUCGCCGGCCGCUACUCCGGCACGGUCCUAACCGGCGGCCGCGCCCCGUGCCGCGCCGUGCAGCGCCGCACGGGGUUCGUCGCCCAGGACGACAUCCUCCACCCGCACCUGACCGUGCGCGAGACCCUCGCCUUCUGCGCCAUGCUGCGCCUCCCCACGUCCGCCCCGACCUCCGCCAAGCUCGCCGCCGCGGACGCCGUGAUCGCGGAGCUGGGCCUCGGCACCUGCGCGGACACGAUCGUGGGCAACGCGUUCGUGCGCGGCGUGUCCGGCGGCGAGCGGAAGCGCGUGAGCAUCGGGCACGAGCUGCUGGUGAACCCGAGCCUGCUGGUCCUGGACGAGCCCACCUCCGGGCUGGACUCCACGGCGGCGUCCCGGCUGGUGGCCACGCUGUCGGCGCUGGCGCGCAAGGGGCGCACGGUGGUGCUAUCCGUGCACCAGCCGUCCAGCCGCGUGUACCGGGCCUUCGACUCCGUGCUGCUGCUCUCCGAGGGCAGCUGCAUGUACCACGGGCCCGGCCGCGACGCCAUGGACUACUUCGCCUCCGUCGGCUUCGCGCCGGGCUUCCACGUCAACCCGGCCGACUUCAUGCUCGACCUCGCGAAUGGCUUUGCGCAAGCGGAGUACAGCGACCGCGCGGCGGAGGGAGGCAGCGUCAAGCAGUCGCUCGUCGCCUCCUACGGCAGGGUGCUCGCCCCCAAGGUCAAGGCCGCCAUCGCAACGGGCGCGCACACGGACGACGGCCACGGCCACGCGGCCGAGCAGCCGCUGGAGAGCUGCAGCGGGUGCACCAGCUGGACCAACCAGUUCGCCAUCCUGCUCCGGCGCAGCCUCAAGGAGCGCCGUCACGAGACCUUCACCUCGCUCCGCCUCUUCCAGAUCAUCGCGCCGGCGGUCGUGGCCGGGGCCAUGUGGUGGCGCUCCACGCCGCUGGAGGUGCAGGACCGGAUGGGCCUCCUCUUCUUCAUCUCCAUCUUCUGGGGCGUCUUCGCCUCCUUCAACGCCGUCUUCGCCUUCCCGCAGGAGCGGCCCGUCCUCGCCCGCGAGCUCGCCUCCGGCAUGUACUCCCUCUCCUCCUACUUCAUGUCCAGGAUGGCCGGCGACCUGCCCAUGGAGCUCGCCCUGCCCACCGCCUUCACCCUCAUCGUCUACCUCAUGGCGGGGCUCAACCCGGCGCCCGCGGCGUUCGCGCUCACGCUCCUCGUCAUCCUCUCCUACGUGCUCGUCGCCGAGGGGCUCGGGCUCGCCAUCGGCGCCCUCAUGAUGGACGCCAAGCGCGCCUCCACGCUCGCGACCGUCAUCAUGCUCGCCUACCUCCUCACCGGCGGCUUCUACGUGCACAACGUCCCCGUCUUCAUGAUCUGGGCCAAGUACUCCUCCUUCACCUACUACUGCUACCGGCUGCUCAUCGCCGUGCAGUACAGCGGACACCUCGCCCAGCUGCUCCCGCCCGACUCGACGCACGGCGAGGCCAGCACGUGGACCUGCGUCGCGGCUCUCGUCGUCAUGUUCUUCGGGUACCGCCUGCUCGCCUACUUCGCCCUGCGCCGGGUCAGGACGUGAUCGUAUGUCGACGCCCAAGCGCAGUCUAGCAGGUCAGGUGUCCACCAAUUAACCAUUCCUGCCACGAGGCAUCAGUGACGGACUUCGCCGAAAGCGCGUGCAUGCACGACAACUGAAUUGAAGUGAUCCGUGCGUGCCAACCGACAUCGGCGUCGGCCCAGAUGACUCCACGGGGUGCUAGCUGCUGGACUGACUGACGAAGGUGUUGUAGCUGUUGCUAACAAGGGUUUCUUCUUCUUCUUCUUCUUCAUUCCCUUCCCAUUUACGAUCGAUUAACCCGAUGUAAUGUUAUUCCUCUCUCUAAUCGAGAUGAAUGUGUAUGACAAUGCAAAUUGCUUACAUUAAGACAUGGAGCAGAUCGGUCCAAAA